AUACAAAUGGAUCAAAGGGUAAAAAACGUACUUUUACUCAACGAGAGAAAUACAAAAACAUGUAUUACAUUUAGUCUGUUAGAUAAGAAAAGUUGUACCGCCCUAGUGUAAACUGAACAAAAAUUGUUAGAAACCUAAAUCAGAAGAAAAACACCCCCCGUUCGCAAGCAGAUGCCUCUAACGCUCGCUUGCAUUUUCUUGCCAUCGCGCACCAACACAAACGUGCGCUGCCACUUCCGCUCGGACACACAAAAGUCAGUCCGCGACAGCUUUCGACGGGUUCGGUCGUGCACGUCUACGACCUGCGCGUUUGUGACGUUCGACAACGCGUGUGCGGGCAAGUUUGGUGCGGUGAUUAAACGAUUCGCUCAUGCGGGCCGUCGUUUUGGGCGAGAAGGUCGUCCAAAGUACAGCGUCGCCCAGAAAAGAACGACACGUGCCGGCACGACUCGUUGGCCACCCCGGCGAACAAAUCGAGCGCAGGAACGGCUCACCUUGGCCAGGACAAACGCGUCGGUUAGAAGAUUCGGACAUUUUGCUCGCACGCAAAGAUCGACAGCAAGAAACAAAAGGUAAUGUGGGUCUGAGCUUCAAAGAGUCGAUCUCAAACGCCAAUUUCCUCUAAAUCACCUCCCGCUAACUGCCACAAGGAGGCAAGCUCGGAACGAAUCCCACAGAAUUGCGCCAAAGCGCACUGGGCGCUUCGCAGAUCGUGAUCCUCCUUGGAUUCCCCAAGGUGUGCAUCCUCGACACCCCCAAAGCGUGAACACGAUGUGAGAUCGGCUGUGUUCCAAUUGCCGACUCAGGUUAGGCCUCACCUGGCAACGUCCCGUUGACGCCGCGCUGAGGUGUGUAUUUAUGAAUGAUUGAUUCCAGAAGUUUGCAGUGCUUCCCCGACUGCACAAUUGGGUUGAGACCAUAACCCGUACUCCGUUCCUUUGCAGUCUGUCCACGACUGCACCCAAAUCCAGGAAUGGUGCGGAUCGUGUAUAUCCGACGAAGUGACAUCCGACGACCCACACACUGACUUGCACCUGCUCGUCAAGUUUCCCAUCGCGACGAUAACCAUCGUCGUCAAUCAAUGCCGUUAACCGACGUCCCGAUGACGUCACGUAAGAUGAUGAUUUGUUCCGAACGGUGCGGUAGAUGACCGGUAGCACCACUACCACCAGUUGGCAGUGGUCAACUCCGAAGUGUUGUAUGCGUGCCAGCAAUGUAUUGGUUGACCGUGCAGUGACAUGGAAGAGGAUUAAGGUUUUGAGGGUGUAGCGACCGAUGUCCGGCUUCGGCGGACAUAUACUUUUGAGUGUGUUUACCUCAAGAAACCUAAAGUUGUGCAGCCUCUUCAUGGUGUGU